UUCUUCGAUCUUGAAAGUUGGUGCCUAGAAGAAGAAGAAGAAAAAAAGAAUCUCAUGCGCAUGCGCCACCUGAAGUUUUGCGCUGAGCAUCAGUGCUGCAGUUUGGUAGUUUGAGAAAGGAGGCGACGGGGCAGGUGACAGAAAGGAUUGCGCGAUAUCUACACCACCUCCACACAUAAUACACGCACACUCGGUCCGGGAGGACAGACUCAGCGAAGUGGCCUCUGGUGUGCGUAGAGCUGCUUUAACUGCGCCGGCGACAAGUUCAUUGCUUGGAGGUACAACUCCCAACCAGAGUUUGGGAGCUUCGUUUCGACGGUCACUCGCCGUGUAGAGGCUGUAUGCAAUUUGGACUUCGCGGUUGUUGUUGUUUUUUUUUUGCAUAUGAACUAUUGAAGCUCGAGUGAAGGAUUUUUCCGACUUUUAUUUCUCGUCCAGCAUGGAGAGUGGAUUGUCAACACGUUUGUGGCGAGGAUUCAUAUGUGGAUGUUCCCGCAGGUAGAGGGGGGGGGGGUUAGGUAUCCGAAGGUGUGAAGGAAGGACUGGAACAAGUCAUUUUUUAUUAGCAACCCCUUGAUUACACACACUUUGCUUUCAUCUAAUCUGGCUAUCGGUCUCCUUGAAUGAGAAAGCAGUCAUCGGCUUAUCAAGAGACAAGAAGCUAAGUGUGCUGCUGCUCAUACUGACUGCUGCCAGUGGCCGUUGAGCUGCUUGUAAGAGAGAGAGAGGGUUUUUUGUUACUGUCUCUACUGAGAAAUCAGACAGACAUUUUGUUAGAGCUGCCAAUUAUUCACAUUGCCUUUUGGAUGUUAAUGUAAACAGUUUGCAUCUGCUGGGGAAAACAGCUUUACUUUUUUUGUCUGCGCACGAAAACGCACACACGUUAACUGAUUGCCAGGUUGCGUGUGUGUGUGUGUGUGUGUGUGUGUGUGUGUACCGCCGACACCAAAAACAAGAACUAUUAAAGACUGCCGUUAGUUUGGGUCAAUUAUCCCACUGCAACUCCAUAUCCCACGUUACUUCCAUUCACAUCUACCGGGAAGGAGAUCUGGGACACCUGGGCUACUGUGGAAUAAUAUUGGUUUGAUUUGCCAACAAGAAAGGAUUACGACCUCCAUCGGGCCGUGAUCAGAGGCAGUAUGAACCUGGGCUGGGGACGUGUGAGCCGGGCCCUGGGCUGGCCCUCGGGCAGCCUGCUGGACUCCAGGCGCUGUGUGGUCGCCCUCACGCUGCUUACCCUCAUCAUGCAGGUGGUUGUGGAGGCCAACUCCUGGUGGUCCCUGGCCAUGAACCCGCUGCUCAUCCCCGAGGCGUACAUCAUCGGGGCCCAGCCCCUGUGCAGCCAGCUGGUGGGCCUGUCGCAGGGCCAGAAGAAGCUGUGCCAGCUGUACCAGGACCACAUGCAGUACAUCGGCGAGGGCGCCAAGACGGGCAUCAGGGAGUGCCAGUACCAGUUCCGGCACCGGCGCUGGAACUGCAGCACCGUGGACAACUCGUCCGUCUUCGGGCGGGUCAUGCAGAUCGGGAGCCGCGAGACGGCGUUCACCUACGCCAUCAGUGCGGCGGGCGUGGUCAACGCGGUCAGCCGGGCCUGCCGGGAGGGGGAGUUGUCCAGCUGCGGCUGCAGCCGGGCGGCGCGGCCCAAGGACCUUCCCCGGGACUGGCUGUGGGGCGGCUGCGGCGACAACCUCAACUACGGCUACCGCUUCUCCAAGGAGUUUGUGGACGCGCGCGAGCGGGAGAAGAGCUACCCCAAGGGCACCGCUGAGAGCGCCCGACUGCUGAUGAACCUGCACAACAACGAGGCCGGACGCAGGACCGUGUCGGACCUGGCGCACGUGUCCUGCAAGUGCCACGGCGUGUCGGGCUCCUGCAGCCUGAAGACGUGCUGGCUGCAGCUGGCCGACUUCCGCAAGGUGGGCGACGCGCUCAAGGAGAAGUACGACAGCGCCGCCUCCAUGAAGCUCAACUCGCGCGGCAAGAUGGUGCAGAUGCACAGCAAGUUCAACCCGCCCACCAGCCACGACCUGGUGUACAUCGACGGCAGCCCGGACUACUGCCUGCUCAACCACACCACGGGCUCGCUGGGCACGGUGGGCCGGCUGUGCAACAAGACGUCGGAGGGCAUGGACGGCUGCGAGCUCAUGUGCUGCGGCCGCGGCUAUGACCAGUACAAGGCCCAGGUGGUGGAGCGCUGCCACUGCAAGUUCCACUGGUGCUGCUACGUCAAGUGCAAGCGCUGCACCAAGACCGUGGACCAGUUUGUCUGCAAGUGAGGUGGAAGGAGCGGGGAGGAGCAGAAGGCGGAAGGGGGAGCCGGAGGAGAAGGAGAUGGCGGAGGGGAAAGAGAUGCUAAGGACGGAUGAAAAAAAAAAAAAGAGGAUUGUUUUGGUUGUUUGCGGCCGGCGGUUCGCGCCUCCCUGGAGGGCUUCCAGGCAGCGGGGGAAAACUAACAAGUCUUGAGGACGGAGAGAGAGUGGAAAGAAAGAAAAUAAACUAUAUAAAUUAUAUUUAUAGAGUUAAACAAUUAUACCGUUGCAAAAAGACUGACUCUUUGCUCCAUUUUAGAGUUUUCAACCAAAAAAACGUACAUUUUCAGAAACUGAGAGUAUCUUGUAAUAUUUAUUUUCAGAUUAUAGUUUUUUUUUUUAACCACCAGGUCAUCAGUUUUUCAAGCCCCGUAAAUGCCUCAAUCUGGCUGCACCACAAAGGCCACGUUUCCUUUUUAAUUCCUGAAUAUAUCGUUUAUUUGGCUCGUCCAACAAGUCAGUGAUUUUUAUUUUUAUUUCCCAUGACCCUAGAAUAGUUAACAUUUUGUGGCAUAGUUAGAAGUUCAGUGUUUUGUAGUGGAAGAGCGAUGACAUUGACUUGAAUGCCUUUGUACUCUUAUCUAUGGAUGUGAUUUCACUGGCCCUGUCUCACACCAGUCUUUUAAGCCCUAGUCUGAUUGUCGACCACAUGUUGGCUGAGGUCUAGUUAAAGCUGCCGAUACGAAAGUUCACUGCCGGCAAAACAAAAAGUCGGGCUUUUGGAUUUCUUUACUGGGUAUUGGACGACCUACCCAAGAUUUCUCAGAAUCCCUAGCGCUCAUCCAUGGUACUGCAACAAGCCCCCCUACCCAUUAUGCACUUUGAAACAGGCUCCAGCCCAGACCAAAGGCGUCUGUCUGUUUUAACUGUUUGUUUUUAAUCACUGUGCAUCGUCAGCGAAUAUAACAUUAUAUUUUACUUUUAUUUUUUCUCCGUAUUAAUACAGAUUAUCCACUUCACAUUAUCCUAUGAUACUUACAUGGUUUUUAAUAUUAAGGGGCAAUGUUCUGGUUAUGAUGGUGAAAUAUUCCACGCUCUGUGUAUAUAGUUUGUCUUUCCAACAAAUCAGUAAAUCGUAUGUAUUUAUUUUCCCGUAUCCAGAUUCUCUCGAAAAGCUUCUAGAAUGGAAAAUGGAGACAUCUUCACACACCGAUCAAUGUUUAUGUCAACAUUUCUUAUUUUCACAUAGUUGUUCUCACAAAUUUGGCUUCACACCGUUUUGUUGUUGUUUUUUGUAAAGGGAAAUGCACCUUAAUGUUUUAAAAACACUUUUCACCAUGAACAGCUUUGCCGUUACGUUGUCACACACUCAUACACUCUUUAAUACCACUCAGUUACUAUCACUUUACCUGUGAUGAUUAGUAGACAAAGCAUUAGCGUACCUACUCCAUACCAAUCCAACUAUUGUAUAUUUAUAAGCUUCUCCGUGAAUUUGAGGUUUGCUAAACAAUUUGUUAUAGCUGUUUUGUUACUUUUAAAGAUUUGGAUCAUUGCUCCUACUUUGUUUCAAUAAAUAUCAAAUAUAAAACAA